GAUACGCAUAUUCCCAACAUGCAGAGAUAUCAAAGUCAAGGUUCGAGUGGACAAAAGUGUUAGACCGCAUUGUGCGGAGUAAUCAGUGUGCUUGGUGUGACUACAUGGCCGAAGAUCUACAGCUUUUAUUAAUCAGCUUAUUAGCUUAUAGGGAGAGAGGGAUUGAGUGAGUGAUGGCUGAGGGAUUUGAGGCAUUUCAUGUCCCACAGCAAAGCAGAAGGGAUAAGCUUAGAGUCUUAGCUGCUCACAGCCACCACCACCACCACCAAGACGAUGGGUUUCCUCCUCCUCUCUACGACCCACCACCGCCGCCUCCUUCUCUCGUCCCUUCCGAGUUUCUAUCGUGCGCCGCCCUCCUCCACCACCACCAGCAACCGCUCGGGGUGGUCUCCGAUCACGACAAAACCGAUAAAGUCGCGAGCUUUGACACUAAUUUCCACGCCCCGAGUCUGUACAUGGAUCCCCAAUUACACCUGAAUCAAGAACUCAGUAGAAACCCUUUUCUUUUCGCACCCCAGAACCUCCGGUUUCUUGACGCCGAUUCUUUUCCCGGCGGCGGCGGCGGCGGGGAGGCAAUGUCAGUGGGAGGAGGGCCGGGAGGAUCCGGUCAAGGGUUAUCUUUGACCUUGUCAUCACAUCAUCACGCUCACCGAAGCAGCAGCAGCAGUAGCCAGCUGCCGCCCCUGGAGCUAAACCUGCAGAGAUAUGACGCCUCAAUGCAGCAGCAGCAGCAGCAGACCUUGGGUGUUUCUGCUGGCAUUCAUGGUGGGGGUGAUGGUGACUUAUCAAGGGGUUACUGUUCAUCAUCAGUGCCCUCUCCUGCAGGGGGUGGUGGCCCUUUCACGGGCUAUGCCUCUAUCCUUAAGGGCUCCAGCAGCAGAUUCUUGAGGCCUGCACAGCAGCUGCUGGAGGAGGUCUGUGAUGUGGUCAGGGGUACCCCUAUCUACCCCCCUGAUGGUGAUGAUGAUGAUGAUGCUGUUGAUGAUGCUAAUGAUGAUGCCAGACUUGAAUCUUCUGCUCAUGAUUCUGCAGCUGCUCUAAUGGAACCCCCUCCCACUCUGCACCACCUUGAUGAUUCCCAAGGUGUUGUUAAUGAUGGCGCCGGCGAGCUCAAGAGGAAGAAAUCCAGAUUAAUUUCAAUACUUGAUGAGGUGUACAGGAGGUAUAGGCAGUAUUACCAACAGCUGCAAGCCGUAAUUGCCUCUUUUGAGUCGGUUGCCGGAUUGAACAACGCGGCUCCGUUUGCAAACUUGGCACUGAAAGCCAUGUCCAAGCAUUUCAGGUGCCUGAAAGACGCCAUCACUGAACAGCUUCAAUUUGCAGCCAAAUCACAGCAAGGCCACAUGAACAAUUUUGAGGUGGAAGCUUCCCCGACCGCGGAUAACCUCGGGAAAGGUUUUUAUAACUUCCAGAGCGCAAUGGCUCGUAAUAUGGGCUUAAUGGAGCACCCGCCUGUUUGGCGUCCCCAAAGGGGGUUGCCCGAACGCGCAGUGACCGUUCUUAGGGCUUGGUUGUUUGAUCAUUUUCUGCACCCCUAUCCCACAGAUACAGACAAGCUAAUGUUGGCUAAACAGACGGGCCUCUCGAGAAAUCAGGUCUCGAAUUGGUUCAUCAACGCGAGGGUGAGGCUCUGGAAGCCAAUGGUGGAAGAGAUACACAAUCUCGAAACGCGGCAAGCACAAAAGAACUCCCAAAAGAAGGAACAAAGUCACAAGAACCAAAGCGAGCAUUCUUCCAUGAGGAACAACACCGCGGUGCCGUGCGAAGACGCGAACGGCUCGGCAAUGCACCAUCAUCAAGUGCAAGACCAUCACCACCACCAACAACAGACUCUGUUAUCGUCAAAGCGGACGCGGGACGAAGCCGACGGCGACAACAAUUCCAUGGGGGGAAGAGGCGACGGGGCCCACGAGGCGGCGGCGAUGGAGAUGUCGGCGUCCUCGUAUGGCGGGAACAUGUCUCGGCUUGGGUUCGGGCCCACCACGGCCGGCGGCGUCUCGUUGACGUUGGGCCUCCAUCAAAACAACGAGCUCGGUUUGUCGGGCCCGGCGGACUCUUCGUUCCCUGCGAAUGCAGCCCAGCGGUUCGGUCUGGACGCAACGAGUAGCCAAGGGUUUGUAGUGUCUGGUUUUGAUGCACAUAGUUCUCAGUACGGGAGAGGCAUGAUUGGGUGAUUUGUUUGGGUCAGGCAACUAAAUUUAGAGGGGGUUUAUGAAUGAACUGAGAUCAUAUACAGUAGAGAGUCAGUAGUACUCAUGUGAUGAAUGAGUGAAUGAAAUACCCAACCUACCCCUCUUCUCCCUCCUCCUAUGUCGAUUCAUAAUGAUUGAUUUGCUUGUAUUGAAUGAAUGAUGUAUCGUUGCAGUGGGUAUACAGUUUUUUUAAGGGUGUUCUUGGAACUUGCUCUUGCUGUAGGAAUGUACUGUAAUAUCGAAUAAUGAAAUUAUGUGCACGCAUUUUUUUGGGGGAUUAGGCCUACAAAAUUAAUAGGAUAUGCUAGG